AUGGAACCUGUGCAUGUCAAUGGUUCUGUCCACAAAAAGGCGAAGGUUGUUUUUAUAAUGGGUCCGACUGGGUGUGGAAAAACCAAACUUUCCAUAGACCUAGCUACCAAUUACGGGGGAGAAGUAAUUAAUUCGGACAAAAUCCAAGUCUACAAAGGCCUGGACAUUGUCACUAACAAAGCCACAGAAUCUGAGCAACGAGGCAUCCGUCAUCACUUGCUAGGGUUCGUAGAAGACCCCGUAGCUGAUUUCUCCGUUGAUGAAUUUCGUCGUCGUGUGCAAACUUCAAUCGAUGAGAUCACAAAGCGUAACUGCCUCCCAAUCAUUGCUGGCGGAUCCAACUCUUAUAUCGAGGCACUCAUCGAAGAUCCAGUGAUUGAUUUUCGAAAUAAAUAUGAUUGCUGUUUUAUAUGGCUUGAUGUGUCGUUGCCUGUGCUAUAUAACCAUGUGUCCAAAAGAGUUGACGAAAUGGUGGCUGCAGGAUUAGUGGAUGAGCUUCGUGAAAUGUUUGCUCCAGGGGUGAAUUAUGAUGGUGGCAUUCGCCGAGCAAUCGGAGCUCCGGAGAUGCAUCCAUACUUCAUGGCUGAAAUGAACAACAAUAUAGUAGACGAUGACAAGGUUCGUAAGGAAUUUCUGCUGAAAGAUGGCAUUUGGAAAACCAAAGAAAAUACUUGUAAACUUGCUGAACGCCAAGUGCAGAAAAUUAAACUUCUCAGCGACAAAUGGGAUAUUCAUCGUAUUGAUGUCACUGCUGUGUAUGAGAACUGUGGAAAGGAAGCUGUGGUUGCCUGGGAAACCUUGGUUUUAAAGCCAAGUUUCACCAUUGUGGGUGGAUUUUUGAAGAAACAUGGUUGA